CAUGGGUUUCGCCAGUGGAGACAUUGAUCGCGAUGCUUUCGGCAUUCGACAAUUCGCAGCAGACGAUCAAGAGUUCAUCAUAGCGCAGAGUUUCGCCAAAAACAUGGGUCUCUAUGGAGAGCGAGUAGGCGCCGUGACUUUUGUAACCAAAUCACCGGAACAGGCGUCCACAAUUCUGUCCCAAAUUGAGGGGUUUGUGAAGGCGAUGUACUGGAGUCCUCCGAAUCACGGGGUGAGAAUAGCAACUGAAAUCCUGAGCGAUGCUGAGCUGUGUUCAGAGUGGAGAGCUGAUGUCAAGGGGAUGACUGAGAGAUUGACUAGUGUGCGUCACAGUCUUCGACAGCACCUUGAGAAGUGGGGAUCGGCCAGGGAUUGGAGCCGAAUCACUGAUCACGUGGGGUGGUUCACGUACUCCGGACUGAACUCUCUGGAGUGUGAGUGCCUCACGAAUAAAUACAGUGUGCAUAUUACAAAGGACGGCAGAAUGGCUCUCACGGGUGUCAAUCCGUCGAAUAUUGAGUAUUUGGCUUAUGCAAUUCGUGAGGUGACCAAUUAAGAAUUGAUCCAGGGUAAAUAUGGUGUUCAGUUGAGUGGAGCAAUAAAUUUAAAGAAUAU